CCGGACCCUUUUAUGAGAGAACCAAAUAAACAUGGCGGACUCCUCUCAGUCAGAAGUGCAUGAAAAUAUUGCAGUACAAGAAACCCACUCUGCCAUGGAAACUAACGAGGCCAUGAAUACUGAUAAUUGUGUCGUAAAGAAAUUAAAUCGUAAUCAAGAAGAAAAAGAAGUUGAUGACACUUUUAAGAUACCAGCUCUUUUUGCAGCACCGUCCCUCGCCAUCAAGCGCGGUGUUACUCCUUCCAAGCCAGUACUCGAACCUCUGGUCGCAGAAGCGCGACCAGAGAAGGAUAAACGCAAAGUUGAAGACGAAAUUCCUCGGGGUCCAAGUUCGAGUUCUAUAAACGAAAGCACGUCUCCAAAUACAGAUCAAGAAGAUGGAGAUAUGGCAUCCGUCCAGGAAAAGGUGGUCGCACCUCUGAAAACCAAGGAAGCGGGACCAAGGAUAUAUCCAGUCAACGGUCCACCUGCUGCUAAAUUCAAGCCUCACCCCCCGAUCCCAUACACAGAGCCAUUGUGGGGAGGAAUUGCGUCAGAGAUUCCGUAUGAACUCGAAAUCUUGAAGAACGGUGCUAUUUUGGACACAUUACCUCUCACACACAGCAGUUACUUCGUAGUCGGUCGUCUACCCGUGUGUGACGUCUCGUUGGAGCAUCCCUCCAUCUCCAGGUAUCACGCGGUCUUGCAGUACCGGCGCCAGUCUGGAGAAGAAGGCAUUGAGGGCGAGGAGAGAGGAUUCUACAUCCAUGACCUAGGAAGCACACACGGCACCGUUGUGAACAAAAUCAAAAUUCCUCCAAAGACAUACGUCAGAUUGCAUGUAGGCCAUGUGCUAAAGUUUGGCGGGAGCACCAGACUCUUUAUUCUGCAGGGUCCGGAGUUCGACGAGGAGGAGGAGUCGAAGCAUACGGUGACAGAGUUGAAGGAGCGGUCCCGCAAGCAGAGAGCAGAGCUCGAGAAGAGGAUGAUGGGAGAAGGCUCUGAUGAGGAGGAUGAGGAUAAGGACGUCAAGGAGGGAGAGAUGGAGGGGGAAGGAGCAGGCAACAAGAACCUGGGGAAAGGAAAGAAAGGAGAUUCAGGCUGCUCCUGGGGAAUGGCUGAGGAGGCUGCUCCCGAGGAGGACGAGGAUGAGGAGAACCCGUUUGCCACAGAGUUCCAGGAGGACCAGGAGGCAGCCUACCUGAAGGACCCUAAGAAAGCUCUGCAGGGCUUCUAUGACAGAGAAGGAGAGGAGCUGGAGUUUGAAUACGAGGACCAAAACCACGGCGCGUGGCUCUGUAGGAUAAGGCUGCCAGUGGACGAUGCUUCAGGCAAGCAGCUGGUUGCCGAGGUGACCCACACUGGGAAGAAGAAAGACGCAGCCAUCCAGUGCUGCCUGGAGUCCUGUCGCAUCUUGGAGGCCAGGGGCGUGCUGCGCCAGGAAGCCGUGUCCCGCAAGCGUAGGAAGAAGAACUGGGAGGACGAGGACUACUACGGCAGCGACGACGACACCUUCCUGGACCGCACGGGCGCCGUGGAGAAGAAGAGGAAGGAGCGCAUGAAGAAGGCCGGCAAGAUCGCAGAGCGGCCUGAGACGUACGACUCGCUGGUUGCCAAACUGGCAGGUGUGGAGAAAGAGCUGAGCGAGAGCCUGAAAAAGCUCAACGCCGGGGGCAAAGACAGCUCGGGCUCCUCCAGCGAGGACCCCCUGGACGCCUUCAUGAGCGCCGUGCGCAGCGAGGCGGCCAUGGACGCGGUGGAGCGCCGGAAGCUCCACGUGCACGUGGCCGACAUGCGCAAGGAGGUGCAGAGGCUCCAGAAGCUGGUGGAGCUCACCAGGCCGGCCCAGCUGCCCUCCCUGCAGCCCAGUUCCUCAGAUCCACUGAAGCCAAAGAAGGCCUUACCAUUGUUUGGGGCCAUGAAGGGAGGCACCAAAUACAAACUGAAGACCGGUACUAUCGGGAAGCUGCCCCCUAAACGCGCUAACCUUCCAGCGGAGCUCUUCAACAUGAAAGGCGGAGGGGUGGAGGAG